ACUCUGCCUCUUUCCGUCUCGGUUAAAGCGAGGGGUAGUGUCGUUCAUAAGAAAGUCAGGCUAGGCCUUGCCUGUUUGCUCCCACCGUCAUGUCGAAGUCUGAGGGUUCGUCCGAUUACGGGUGCGAUAUGUCUCCUAACGCAUCCCCCAAGGAACCUGAACAGCUGCGCAAAUUGUUUAUUGGUGGCCUCAGUUUUGAGACAACAGAUGAGAGUCUUCGCAAUCAUUUUGAGCAAUGGGGCACACUUACAGACUGUGUGGUGAUGAGAGACCCCAACACUAAGCGCUCCAGGGGCUUUGGCUUUGUCACUUACUCAACAGUGGAAGAGGUUGAUGCUGCUAUGAAUGCCAGACCGCACAAAGUUGAUGGUAGAGUUGUUGAACCAAAGAGAGCAGUAUCUAGAGAGGACUCUCAAAGGCCUGGAGCCCACUUGACAGUGAAGAAAAUCUUUGUUGGGGGUAUUAAGGAAGAUACAGAGGAGCACCACCUGAGGGACUACUUUGAACAGUAUGGCAAAAUCGAAGUUAUUGAGAUAAUGACUGACCGUAGUAGUGGCAAGAAGAGAGGUUUUGCCUUUGUUACUUUUGAUGACCAUGACUCUGUGGACAAGAUUGUCAUUCAGAAAUACCAUACUGUGAAUGGGCAUAACUGUGAAGUCAGGAAAGCUUUGUCGAAGCAGGAAAUGGCCAGUGCUUCUUCCAGCCAAAGAGGCCGUAGUAGUUCUGGCAGCUUUGGGAGCAGCCGUGGAGGUGGAUUCAGUGGGGGUGACAGCUUCAACCGUGGCAGCAACUUUGGUGGCCGUGGUGGCUUUGGCAGUCGCAGUGGUGGCGGCGGCGGCGGUGGUGGCGGUGGCAGUGGUGGCGGCGGCUAUGGAGGCAGUGGAGAUGGCUAUAAUGGCUUUGGCAAUGAUGGCUAUGGUGGUAGUGGCCCUGGAUACUCUGGAGGAAGCAGGGGUUAUGGCAGCAGUGGCAGCUAUGAUGGCUAUAACAAUGGAGGUGGUGGCUUUGGUGGUGGCAGUGGUGGAAGCAAUUUUGGAGGUGGUGGAAACUACAAUGACUUCGGCAGUUACAACAGCCAGUCUUCAAACUUUGGGCCCAUGAAAGGAGGAAACUUUGGGGGCAGGAGCUCUGGCCCAUAUGGUGGCAGUGGCGGAAUCAAAGCUUUAGCAGGAGAGGAGAGCCAGAGAAGUGACAGGGAAGCUACAGGUUACCACAGUUGUGAACUCAGCCAAACACAGUUGUGGCAGGGUAGAACUGCCUCAUGAAGACAUGUGUUAGACAAGCGCUUGUUUGCAAACAUCAGGACUGUAUUUGUGACUAACUGUAUAACAGGAUAUUUUAGUUUUUGUGUUCUGUGGAAAAUGCAAAGCAUUCCGACAAGGGUUUUAUGUAGAUUAUUUUUUUUCCACACCCAUGCUGUUGAUUGCUAACUGUAAUAGACUGAUCAUGACGCUGAAUAAAUGUGUCUCUUUUUUUUAAUGUCCUGUGUAAAGUUAGUUUACUGCAAGUUAACAUGUAUUGGUGUUAGCUGCAUGGUUGGCAUGCAGGUUUAGCUAAAAGGGUUCCAAUGCCUGAGAACAGGAGUCCUAUAUACUGGAUUAAAGACCAAUGACAAGGCUACACUUGCAGACCAGCACAGCAGCCAAUAUAAGCCAUUACAGCUUGAAAUGCUUUUUGAGAUAUUUGGCAACUAAAUAUUUACGGGGAUGUGCUGUGAUAGUUGCUUGUGUAGACAGCUCUAGACCCUCAAAUCCAGUUGGUUCUGGUUUGCUGUGGAUGUGGUACCGACAUCAGACUUGCCAAGCAAGUUUUAACUCUGUUAAUUCCUCUAUAGAAAUAAGAGGGUCAGUCAAAUUGCUACCCUCGGCUGUGGUAUCUCAAUACUGAGUGAGCUAAUUCCAGUCGAAAUGGCUUGCUUUUGCAGUCUUGUUCUUAUAAUAGCAAAAUACCAGCUGAAACUUUGGUACUGAUCCCCAGAAAUGUUAUCACUUGCUUAAAUUGAUAGGAAGACACGGCGGGUCCAUCUCAGUUAAUGGGGCGGGGUAGAGGAAUGCAAAGAAAACGGAGCCAGUCACUGAACGUAAGAGAUAGCAAUCCACAGGAUUGUUCUUUAACGUAAAUUGGUCAAAAGUUCCUAAAAUGCCGCAGAUCUGGGUUAAGACUACACUGACCUGUUUUCAGGGUUAGAUAAGGUUUUGUACUGAGAGGAUUACAACAUAUAACAGAACCUCCUCACAGGAUUAAUAAAGCUAAGUUAGUCUUGUGGCAUUCAAGGUGCCACAAGUGUGCCAGAGGCACCUACCUCAUUUACUCUUCCUAAAUCUAUUUCUGUUCAUCCCAAUGAGGGAUGCAAGGUCUCAUCUCAACUGUUGCUCUAGUUGCAUUUUUCAAUUCCAAAUCCCAUGGAUAGGCCAUGGUUUUUUCCAUUCUAUGAAGUAACAGUCUCAGACAUAUUUCUCCUCAGUGCAGUUCUAUAGUCGAAAAUGGGUCUCCUGGAUACAAUUUUUCUGGCUCCGUUUUAAACAUGAUUUUCUAGUGUGCUGCUGUCAAUUCCUUGAGAUGGCUGUAGAACUGCAUUUUAAAAAUUGGAAGGGUGUGCUGGUGGCGGCAUAGUGUUGAGUCAAUCUUAUCGGGCCCUGAGUGCACUUUAAAUAUUGCCAUCCUAGCGUCUUGCAAAAAAAGGCCAGCAACCUGUGCUUACAUCCAUUUAACAUUACAAUGGUGCAUGUAUAUGGUCUGCGUGUGUAUAUGCAUAUAUAUAUAUUUGUUUGAUUGGUGAAUGGCUUAAUUUAGAAUGCAAAAUUAAUAGUCCUUAUGGGUUUUUACGUGGCUGAGUUUGCAAUAGCAGGUGGAUCCUUAUUCUAUUGAGGGAGACAAGACCUCAGGAUACAUGAAGUAAUACUCGUUUUGGCAUGGUAGCAUAACCACAACAGAGGAGAGCACACCAGGACCCGAAAACUAAGUAGCUUUACAAAUCCGGGAGGCAUGCAGAUGGUUGAGCUACUAGGAACGGCUAGCAAGCGUAGCUCCGAAUGGCUUCCAGCUCAGACGCUACUACAGCUGAGAGUAGACACGUGUGUUGAGUCGAGUGGACAGAUAAGCCAGGUGCAGGCUCCUGCUGACUAGAAGGGAGUGCUCAGUGACCAUCGGAAGGAGGCAGACGAGAGUAAGGAUCCUUGCUCUUAGGACUAGCAGUCAGACGCAGAAGGAAGGAAAGGUUAUAUUACUGUACUGGUAGGUAAGAACAGAUUUUACUUAUGUCCUAUACAGUUUUUUUUUAAUCCUGCUAACUUUCUGAGAAGCUGAGUUUACCUUGUAAAUACUAGUCCGGCUACUUU